CGAGGGUUUAUACAUAUGAUCUCUAGUGUCUUUUCAUUUCCUAAAGCUAGAUUUCCAGCAGCAAAUAUUUGGUUUUAUAGGACCUGUUAACAUAUAAGUUCAGUUCAAUGGAGUCUUAUUCAACAUCGUCCAUUCAGAAAAGCUAUAAGUAUGAUGUGUUCUUGAGCUUUGCAGGCCAAGACGUCCGUAAGAACUUUCUUGAUCAUCUUUAUGUUGCUCUUCAGUGGCAAGAAAUUGUGACUUUCAAGGAUGAUGAGAAUCUCGAUAAAGGAAAAAGGAUCAAAGAUGAUCUCUUCAAGUCCAUUGAAGAGUCAAAAUUCCACAUCAUUAUUUUGUCAAAAGCCUAUGCAGCUUCCACCUGGUGUUUGGAUGAGCUUGUCAAGAUUAUGGAGUGUCAGAACGCCGACAAUACCAAGCAGAUUGCUUACCCUGUGUUUUAUGACGUGGAUCCCACGGACGUCCGCCAUCAACGUAAGCUGGUUGAAACAGCUUUUGCCGAAAAUAAGAACAAGCCAGAUGCUGGAAAGUGGAUAAAGGCUAUGGAAGGAGUAGCUGGUUUAGCUGGAUGGGAUUUGAGGAAUACCGAUGAUGGGCAUGAAGCCAAAGUCAUCAAAAGAAUUGUUGAGAAGAUUUCACUCGAGUUACGUUCCACUAACUUAAAAGCCGAUGAAUACUUAGUAGGCAUGGAGAGCCGGAUAAGAGAUAUAGUUUCCUCUUUGGAAAUGGAUGUUGAAGAUGUUCGUAUGAUAGGUAUCAAGGGGAUUGGAGGCGGUGGGAAGACGACUUUGGCCACAGCUGUUUUUGACAAAAUAUGCUUUCCGUUUGAAGUUAAAAGCAUCGUUGGGAACAUUAGGGAAGUUUCAAAAUCAUCGAUGUUUGGGUUGCAAUCGUUGCAAAAACAAGUGCUUUCCAUUGUGAUAAAGGAUAGAAAUUUCACCAUAUCGACUGUUCGUGAUGGGAAAAGCUUAAUGAAAAAGAAUUUGUCGGGUAAGAAGGUUCUACUUGUUCUAGACGAUGUGGAUCACUUAGAUCAGUUGGAGGCAUUAGUUGGUGCGCUUAAUUGGUUCAAGGGAGGAAGUAGAAUAAUUAUUACAACUAGAGAUGAGCAAUUACUCAUUGCCCACGGAGUGAAAGCGAUUCAUGAUGUCACUCUUUUAUCACAGUUUGAUGCAACUCGCGUCUUUAAUAGGUAUGCAUUUGGUAAAGAUAUUCCAAUUAAAAUGUGCAAAGAGCUAUCACUCCAAGCUGUCCGUUAUGCUGCGGGUCUUCCCUUAACCAUCAAAGUUUUGGGUUCAUUUCUCUGCGGUAAAGAUGAGCUUGAAUGGAAAGAUGCACUGGAAAGAUUGAAAAAAAUUCCAUUGAAAGAAACCCUUGAAAAAUUGGAACUAAGCUAUACCAGCCUCGAUCAUGAUUACCAGGAUAUAUUCCUAGAUGUUGCAUGCUUACUAAAAGGUUGGCGGAAAGACGAUGCUAUUAGAGCACUUGAAUGUUGUGGAUACCAUGCUAGGAUUGGCUUGAGAGUUCUUGAACAAAGAUCUCUCCUAACUAUUUCACGUAAUCAGGAGUUAGGCAUGCAUGACCAUAUACAAGAACUAGGCCGGAAUAUUGUUCGUCGGUUGCACCCUGCUGAGCCCAUCAGACAUACCCGGUUGUGGAUUCGAGGGGAGAUUGAAGAUCUAUUGACCGAUGACUUGGUUACUGAAGCAACAAGAGCUAUAACAACUCACACAUAUCCAUUGCUAUGCGAGCAGGGCAUCUGUCGUUGUAGAAUUUUUACAAAAGGUUUUGGAAACAUGAAGAAACUUAGAUUUCUUCAGGUGACUUCUUCGACCAGUGAUUUGUUGGAGGGGAUUGAAGUUGGAAAACACUUGCCAAAUGCGUUACGAUUUCUGAACUGGCGAGGUUACCCUCAUUCUUUUUUACCUAAAACAUUUCAGGCAAAUAAUCUUGUUGCACUUGAAAUGCCUUAUGGAAGAAUUAAACGACUAUGGGAAGAGGGGGAAAGAAAGGCGCUUAAUAACCUCAGAUAUCUUGACAUGAGCCAUUCAGAUUUGACGACCCUUGAUUGUGGUUUACUUCCAAAUCUCGAGAAGUUAAAUCUUAAAAAAUGCUCCGAUUUGGUGAAACUUAAUGCCCCCCAUGGAUCUCUAAGAAGGCUUGCACGGUUAGACUUACGUCGGUGCCAAAGUCUCGAUACUGUUUCGUUUAUCAGACAGUUGGAAUUGCUUCAGGUCCUUGAAGACCUCAUUUUCCUGGACUUCAGCUAUUCAAGUUUGACGACCCUUGAUUGUGGCUUAGUUCCGAAUCUCGAGAAAUUAAUUGUUGAAAAUUGUUAUAAUUUGGUAGAACUUCAGUUGGAGUCACUUCAGUUUCUUAAUCUAGGUUGUUUAGAUCUCACGCAGUUCUCAGAUAUAAUCCCAAGGAAUAAUAUCCAAGAACUACCCUCUUUCAUUGGAAAUCUUCAAAACCUUGUUUCUCUAAAGCUCUAUGGGUCCAAAAACCUCAGGAAACUUCAAUCAGGCAUAUGUGUUCAUUUACGACAUCUAAAACACCUUGACCUUGAAGGUAGUGACAUAGAAGAAUUACCAGAGGAUCUUGGCCACUUAGAGAGUUUAGAAACUCUAGAAUUAGGUUAUAUGCCUCUUAAACAUCUCCCUAACAGCAUUUGUAUGUUGACACAUCUGAAAACUCUACUUCUUGAUGGUUGUAAAGGUAUUAAGGAGUUACCUGAGGAUCUUGGCCUAUUAGAGUCUUUGGAGGAACUAAGUCUAGGACAAUGCAAGAUAAGAGAUGUUCCAAGUAGCAUCUGUAAGUUGAAACUUCUCAGAAAGCUUUACCUUCGCUACUGUGAUCAACUUAAGGGAUUGCCCGAGAAACUAGGAGACUUGGAAUGUUUAGAAGAUUUAAAUCUAGAAGAACACAGGUGCCAAGAGCAACGGGUUCAGAUCCAAGGAUAUCAUAAACGAAAGUUUUGUGGAAUCAAGACAUGUCAUCAAGAUACGAGUAAAUUCAAGGAUCAAAGAUUAAUAGGUCUUGAUCCGUUUUGCUAA